AUGACCCGUUCUCCAUCGUCACUUGGUCUUUCAAAAACUCCUAGAAAGUCCACAAAAUCUUCAAAAUCCUCUGUUACAUCUUCCUCAAGUCCUCCAAGGUGUCACAGUCCAAAACCUUCAAGAUCUUCUACGAUCUCUCUUCACAAUUUAAAUUAUAUAGACCGUGAUUUAAAUGAUGUACUUCGAAAUUUUGUUGAUGAAUUAUGUGACAAUUUUAUAAAGGCUAGACAAGAUGGAAAAAAUGAGGCUCAAAGUGUUGAUAUUAUCUUGGAUUAUUUCUCUUCAAAAUGUCUUGAUUCUGUUCAAAUAUUUGAUUGGCUUUUAAAUAAUACCCAUAAAGAUAAAUAUAAAACUCUCUUGGGUUAUUUUUAUGAUCAAGGUAUUGCAACAAAUCGAAAUCAAAGAAAGGCCUAUUGUUUAUAUUUAUCUGCUGCUAAAAAAGGUUAUUCAAUUGCUGAAGACUUACUUGGUGAUUGUUAUUAUUCUGGUCAAGGAACUACUAGAGAUCGUGAUAUGGCCUUUGAAUGGUAUCAAAAAGCUGCUGAUAAUGGAAGUACUGGUUCUCAAUUUAGUUUAGGAAUUUGUUAUGCUUUUGGUGAAG